CGUCACAUCCUGCAUAGCGCACAUGCCUUAAAGUCAGUCAGUCGUGCUGAUAGCAAAAGAGGUCAUUAAAUAAUCAACUGUUACACUUGGAAAAUCUGUCAUCAAGGACGUUACCAUAAACGAUGUCGAUAGAAAUUGAAAAAGUACAAACAGGAAACUUGAAAGUUGUUGAUCAGAGCGAGUCCUGUUUAAUGUUCUACUCCCAAGCUUGACUUUUGACAUUUCCUACUUGUCAGGAAUACGAGUCAUGUGCUACUGUUGUAUUUAAUUAGAAAAUUCCUUGUACACUUUAUUAAAAGUGGCUAUGUUUUUGCUUGAAGUUAAGAGCGGCAACACUGCCGGGCCUGCACGUCUUGGGAGAUGUGGACGGGCGGAGUGCCCACGCGAUCGCUCGAGACCGGGCUGCUGGGCCCAUGAAGGAGUUGCACCGCCUAGUUUAAGAGCGCCCCAAAUGUCAACGUGGCUGCUCGGGUCGACUGCGCUCCAGCCUACAAACAGAAAGAAAGAAAGAAGCGAGCGUUUACUCUUGAAACUUUAGCUUGUUUUUCUUUGACCUUAUAAAGUACUCCACGUUAAGUCCCGGUGUCGUCUAGCGGGCCUAACCGCUAAACAAACUUUUUAAGACGGCGUUUCUGGGUAAACGUGAAAGCAAACUUGGCAACCUUGCAGCUUGUGAAGACUCACACUUCCAGCUUACCUUUAUUCGCUACUGCAGGUGUUGCAUAUCACAGUGGCACCUCAAGAAAUAUGCUCUGAAAUGGUAAUUGUCACUUUCACUCAUCAAAGUCGAGAGGGUGGGCUCUAGCAAGUACUGCUUUGUGAUUGGUGAGUCGUCCGCAGAGUGGAUAUUUGCACUUUGAGUUCGAGACACAGGAUCUCAAGUCAAACAGAGUUGUGACCGUGCAUGUCGGAUGCAAAGGCAAGAAAAAGGUUCACCAGAAAUAGUAAGUAAAGGUCUCUAUCAUUUGAAUAACAUUGUGAAGAUGUUUUCUAAGAACCUUGUAAUUGGGAGCAAGUGGAAGCUGAUUGGUUUUGUGGUGGCUUUUGCCACCAUUAGUCUAGAAGGUCUCUUCUGGCUAUUUAGGCAUCACCGUCCCCGGAGAUCCAAAUUAGUGAAGGAAGUCCUGUUCUUUCCAACAGACGUCACCUGCACCAAUCACCUUUUCCAGAUGACCCACAACAAGAGACCUUGCACCUGUCCACUACUGCACUGUGAUGAUUCCCCAUAUAAUCGACUGCUAAAACAUCUUCUGUCUGCUCGAAAUACCUUGGACCUCUGUGUUUUUGCUUUUUCAAACCAGGACUUUGCUCGAGUUGUACUUGAGCUUCAUCGGCGAAAUGUCUUGGUUCGUAUUUUCACAGAUAAGGACUUCAUGAAGAUCACAGGUUCACAGAUAGGCAAUCUUCGCAAAUCAGGUAUUGCUGUUCGCCAUGAGCAGAGCGAUUGUUUCAUGCACCACAAGUUUGCGGUGGUAGACAAGAAGCUUUUGAUCACCGGGUCGCUGAACUGGACUUGUAAGGCCAUACAAUGCAACAAAGAAAAUAUUCUCAUUACUGAGGACGCGGAGAUUGUCCAGCCUUUCAUGGCCGAGUUUGAAAAACUGUGGAAUGAAAGUGAUCCUAUGAAGUUUUUUUCUUUAACUUGUUGAUGUAGAUCUCUCAAACCACAGCUACACGCGGUGUUUAGUAUUUUUAUGUCAAUUGGAAGUGUGUUAGUGAGUAAAGAGAGAAUCAUUUAAAGCAUUGAUCAAAUGUUAAACGUUGAAUUUCAUAGUGUUGUUUCUUCAGUUUAAUACUCUGUAAUGCUCCAGCCUCGUUUACUCAACAUUAUUAGCAUUGUGCUGCUUACUAAAGGACAUCAUCGUAUGACACUAAUGGAAUAAUUAAUAUCUUUAUGCUGCAAGUCACCCACCUGAGUUUAUAGGUUCAGUAUAGUUGUGUGUGCAGAGUAAGAAAUGGCUUUAAUCCAGCUUGUUCAUGAUAUAUUUGGGAAGUAGAUAACUAAAAUGGCAAAAAUAAAUGAAGAGGAAUAUGCAGAAAGUCUGUUUAUUAGCUAACUGAAAACGACUACUCUAAUGGACGACAGGCAGGGGCUGGCGUCCCGAUCAGGAUGAGUGGCCAAUGUAAUGAAGGAAUAGGGAGACAUUGUAUUCAGUGCAGAGACGUCCUGAUACACUAGAUGGCAGCACCCCCAGACCAGGAUACCCACCGGGCGUAAUGGGAGUUGUAGUCUCAUGGGACAGCCCAGUUGGGUUCUGGGGGAGGUGUUGGGAUUGGUAAUGGUAAUCCCUGCAUUGCAAGAUUUCUGAAUGACCCAGAAGUACUUCCAUCGGGCUAUGCCCUGGCACUGGUAGUACAUCCAGGUUCAAGAUAGGGAGCCACUCUGCCACAUCCAGGCGAGGCAACAAUCAGCUGGGAGGAGUAUUCUAGUGUAUCAUGAGAAACGCUUUAUUGUGUAAGAGUUU